GAUACAAAACAAGCAACCAAACCAUGUGGUCGAUGUUUAGUUGGGUUAUUUGUUACACACCACGUGCAAUUGUCAAAAUAUAAAUUUUUAUGCAUGGAUGUUGUACGUGAAUGUAAUAUUGAUGUAUGGAGUAUAUAAUACCGAGUGCAAUCAUUAAACGUGCUAGUCCAUCAGGAAUCAGGUGUCAAAAUGCAUAUGAAGUUGAAUGCAUCAGGCGCAUCAGCACCGAUCGAAGUGAUAGAUGUAGACGAUUUAGUUCUAACAAGAAAAGGUGGAGGUAGCAUAAUCGAUCAUCGACCGAUCUUUUCUCACGAUGGAGAAAUAUUGUAUAUAAUAUGGAAACAUUACGUAAGGGCAUAUAGCACACAAACCGGAGACUUCGUAAAGGAAUUGGAGCCAGCAAGUCAUCGGAUUACUGGAUUAAUUGUACAUCCUGGAAAUUUUAAUAACAUUAUUGCCUGUACAGAGAAUGGAGAACUGAAUUUCUGGAGUUGUCAAAGUGGCAUUAUCACUAAAAAAUUAAAACUGAACUUCCAAGAAGAACCAAAAGUUAAAACUUUCCACAUUGUAAAUUACAAAACCCAUAUAGGACAUGAGUUCAGUCAAGUGCUUAUAACUUAUAUUUCAAAAUGUAAUAAAUUGAUCUAUGUAGUUUUGUUUGAUCUGGAUAAUGGAGUUUGUGCAAAAUCUACCUGUCUAUCAAUUAAUUCUCAAGAAUAUUAUGUUGACAUAAUUGGGAAUCACGGAGAAAAUCUAAUAGCAAUUCUUCAUGAUUUAGAUUUGCAUAUUCUAGAUCCAUCCAGAAAUCUUGUAGAUAAAUUACAUAAAACGGGCAAAACUGGUAGAAUACCAACAUGUAUUGCUGGACAUCCAGAAGAAGAAUGUGUUGCCACAGGAGAUUCAACUGGUCGUGUAGUGGUAUGGAAGGGUUUGUUCCAAACAAGGCCUUACACAGCAGUGUAUCAUUGGCACACAUUACCAGUAACAGAAAUAGCGUUUAGUAAAUCAGGUGGCCAUAUGUACACUGGGGGAGGAGAAUGUGUACUAGUAAAAUGGGUUUUAGCGAAUCCGCUAAAUAAAUCUUUUCUCCCACGAUUACCAGCUCCUAUAAAACAUCUUACCAUCGCUCCAGAUAACUUAUAUGUUGCCGUUUCUACUUUGGAUAAUGGUAUUGUAGUUGUAAAUCCACAGAGGAAAUUGACAUCUGUAAUACAAAACUUUACGUGGGGUGUAGCCUUGUCUUCGCAAGAUUUGUUUCCUGCUGGUCUUAUUGUCGAUCCACGUACUGGUUCCCUUGUUUUAAACAGUCGCACUGGGCAUGUUCAGUUUUAUAACACCCAUACAAAAAGUUUAUUAUACAAUAUAAAUAUUACAGCGCAAAAUUUUUUAACUCAAGAGCGUAGCAUAAUCAUUGUAAACACAGAAGUUACGAAAAUAGCUCUAAAUGAUGACGGUACUUGGAUGGCAACUGUCGAAGAACGGAAUGAUAACUUAUCUUGUAUAGAAGUCAGACUCAAAUUUUGGAUGUUUGAUGUCAAAGAGCAGUUGUUUUCAUUAAACACGUCCAUUGAACUUCCACACGAAGGUGGGGUCAAUGCGUUACGUUUCCAACCAACCACGUUCGACGAAGAUGAAAUACUAGCAGUCACAACUGGCAGAGAUAAGAAAUUCAAAUUGUGGCAUCUUGUUGAGUCUACGUCUAUGUACAAGAAGACAAGACAUUGGCAAUGUCAUAGUAUAGGAGAUUAUAGAAAUCUACCCGUAACGGAUGCCGGAUUCUCAAUAGAUGGUUCAUUAGUUGGUAUUGGUUUUGAUUCUAGCGUGACAAUGUGGACACCCGAUACCUGUACAUUUAAAUGUAGUCUUACUCACAGUCGAUACAAUGAACCAAUAACACGGAUUGAAUUCGGAAAUCAAGAAGCCUGUCAUCUUGUGGUAACUACUUCUACAACACACAUUGCUGUUUGGAAUACUUUGUCUCUUACGCUAAUGUGGAGUGUACCUUUGAGGGUUACAACACUUGCAGCUGAUUCUAAGUCUAUUUACAUGGCUGUUUUUACCGCUGAUAACUCAUUAUAUGUAUUCACACCACAAAAACCAUUGCACGUGUACACAAGGAAGAACGUUGUUGAAAAAAGUAGUUUUAUCCUGGGAGCCACUUUUAUACCGCAUCUUCGAGAAAAGCAAAAUCCUGCUUACAGGAAAUGGCAACAAAAGUCGCAACUAUACUUUUUAGAUUCCAAUCAGGAGUUGUUAACACUUGAACCAGAAUCCGAGGUGACUAUAUCGUUAGAGAUACUGUCGUCAAAUGCUUCCGUGCCCGCUACAGCCUUCGCCAACAUGGUAGCAGCCAAGACAACUGUGGAUAAGGAGAAAACAACGUCGUAUCUUCACGACCAAUUGGGUACAUUGAAAGGGGGACUGGUGGAAGAGCUCCUGAGCGUCUCGGCCCACACUCUGCCGCCCAUGAAACUGCUCUGUACAUCUUUCAUCACCUCGUUAUUGAUGUCGUCGAAAACCCAAUCAGCGGAGAGCAAACACGACAGGGACGACAAAGCGAACAGCGAGGACGAAUCAACGGACGAAAGCGAGAACGAAUCUUCCCGACCAGCAAAACCAGAAUCUUCUCCCGAGAUUGUUAACAACGAUACGGAUGAGACGAAAGAAGAAGUGAUAGACCAUAAUUGGACUUUCCUGAGAGCAAUACUUCCCGACGAACAGGACAUCGAGACCAUCGAGCAUUAACAACAACACGAUUGCAUCGAACAUUUUUCUUGAGAUGAUGAUAUUCUAGCCGCGUAACUAGUGCAAAGUAAUUGCGUUCGGCUUUAAGAAAUAAAGUUUUUAAAUAAUAGUAUUUAUGUCAGAGAAACAGAAGCGUGAAAUAUAAUUGUCUAUCUCCCUCGACGCCCGCACAAUCGUCUCCAGUCACGCGAUUGCCUGACACAAGACGUUGACGCGAAGCACAGGGAUCAUUAAAGCGUCUCGGUUUCAUGUGUACUAUUUAUUACACGUAUGCGACGAACGCGGCAUGUGAACAAUUACAUAUAAAUAUUAUACAUAUUCGCAAA